AUGGAGGAAAUGAUGAAUAAGCAGAAGGAGAACGGAGGAGAGGGACAGAGAAAGACGAGAGCAUUCAAUUCUCAGAGCUGGAUUGAGGAGAUGAGGAGGUUGAAGGAGAAGAGAUUGGAGAGGAAGAGAUAUUAUAUAAAGAGGAGUUUUUCUUGUGUUAUUAGUUUGAUUUUGUAUUGUUUUUCUUUUGCAUGGGAUAGUAUCUUCCCAUAUUAUUCAAGUUUCUUUAAUUAUUAAUCGAUUGGUAGCAGCUCAGAAAAUGAAAUAAAGACCAAGACAGAUCGAUGCAUCGAAGCCAGUGCUCACAGUUAGCUCUUUGGAAGCAUUCAACAAUGCUGAAGGGCAGGAAGCAGAUAUUAAAAACACGGAGUAAAUCAUUACUCCUGAUUAACUCAUAAAAGAGAAGUAAAUUACAUACAUCUGUUUAAUUACCAAAAGAGGAGGCCAAGAGAAUGGAAUUCACCUCUCUCAAAUGUGAAAUCUCUCCCUUGCUCCUCCAUACCCCCGCCUUAUUUAUUUUUAUAUUAUACUCAUUUAUUAUUUAGACCUAAAUAAUUUGAAGAGCCCUAACUCAAAUCCCAACUUCCGACAAGAUGCCGUGAAGAUUACGUAGUCUAUAAGGAACCUGUAUAUCCGGAUGCUACGACUUACGAAUUGACUGACGAAGAUAUCCAUUUCCUCUAAACCAUCAAUGAGAAGCUGCAAACGCCCAUCACUAUCGAAGACUUUGAGUUGUACCUCGCACUCCUUGAUGCCAAGAGUGGCAAAGAUGUUGAAAUAGAUUUUAGUGACUUUCUGAAAUUGAAACCCACUUUACCAAGAUCAAUUAAUCAAUAGACUAUAACCCUCCAGGAAUAACUAUACACCUAUUUUAAGAAGCAGAGACAACACUUCUCUCGUUCAUUAACUAGAUUCCUAAUGCAUCCGUAUUAUGAGGAUAGUAAUCCCCAUCUGGCUUUCCGUCCCAGAACUCAGCCCAUGGACAGAACCAUGAAAUUGCGUAGAGGCAAUGCCUAAAACACAAGAGGAGUGAACGAGAUGGAAAAUUUGGGUUAGAAGAUAGUGUUGUUGAAAAAGGAUCUUUUGAUUGUCUCAAAUAUCAUAGAUUAGAGUAUUCAGAGAGAAAAAGCUAUGGAAAUUGAGAGGAGAUUAAGCUUUUGCAAGUUCAUCAAAGAAUUCUUCGAGUCAUCUAAAAAAGAAAAGGACAAUAAUGCUGAAAUCAGAUUGUGGCCUAAGGACUGUUUUGUGAGAGAGUGUUUAGAUAAGUGUUCAAUUAACAUAGUAGAAAGAGCAGACGAGAUGUUUGAUAACAUUUCAAAGGAAAUUCUGUAAUGGAGAGACUUAAAUGAAUAAUAAAAAAAAGAAAAAUAGCGAAAGGAAGAUUAGAUACUCAGAUUCGAAAAACAAAUCGAAGAUCUAAUUAUAGAAAAACUGAAAUUCGAAGAAAAACCACCUGUCAUUGCACCCCCAGUGAUCCCAUAACCCAUUUAACCCUAAUAAUAAUAAUAAUAAUAAUAAUAAUAAUAGCCAUAAAUCCCUGUUAUUCCUUAAGAACCACCAGAUGAGAAGAUGGAGAGUGUAGCCAGAUUCUUGGCAACUCUCUACUUAGAAGCAAGAAAAUACCAAUUAACUUUUGAUUAAGUGUUAUCGGAUUCUUUUCCCAUUUAUAAGAUAUAGAAUCCUCAGCAAUAAGUCAAUUCUAAAAGCAUUUUCCCUUUUUCUUUAAUGCAAAUUGAAGGAAAUGACAUAGUGUACAAGGUGAGAAAGGAUAGUUGUUUGGAAAGGAAGACUACUGCUUAUUGGGAGAGCUAUUAGGAUCAGCAAUUAACCAGUACCUUAUAUUAUUAGCAUCAAUAUUUCAAGGAGAAGGUGAACGAUAUAAUGGAGAUGGCAGACAUGGAUCAGAUGGUUUAUGCUCAAGGAGUGGAUGAUGACAAAUUGGAUGAGGAGGAGAAGUUAUUCAAGAAGAAGGUGAAGAGUGGUUCAACCAGAUUGACAGGUUCAAAUGGUGCACAAUUAAAGUGAUUAUUAAC